ACGAAGAGCUCUAUACAACAGAUACCUUCUCCAAAUCUCAGAUAUCUAACUAUUUCAGACCGCCAGAGUAAAGACAAAGUACAGAUAUCCGGAGACGCACAAAGUGUGUUUUCAAAAUGUUGAGAAGUUGUCGUGCAAAGCAAGUAUCUAUAACAACUACAAUAAUGUCAAUACUUAUCAUCAGUUUAUGUCUAUCUGUUGGGCAAUUUCAAAGCUUACGCAAGCGAAACAAAAGAUCCCACGAUAACAGGUUAACAACGACGAUAUCGUUUAAAUGUGAGAUCAUCACAUCUACAUUUGGAGAAUUUGACAUGAACACAAGAGGAUGGCAAACAUUUCACGGCUGGAUCAUCAAUGAACCAUACGUAGAAUCAGUGUCCUAUGGAAAGGUAGCUUACAGCGUCGAGAUUGGAAACCGAAAGCGACACCAUUUACUCAUUUCAGGAUCAGAGGACACAGGUUUACAAGAAAGCAACGAGGAUGGCAUAUUUGCAAACUGGUUGUACACUCUAGACACCAACUCGUGGCAGAACGUAGAUAAUGGAGACUUUCCUCCAAUAGAAUCAAGUCCUCUUUUGAUUCAAUUUUGCUCCAAGAUUGUUGCAUUUCAAUUCGGUUAUAUGUUUGAUAAUUUCUCUAUCCCCAGACAGGCCUGGGUAUUUGACACAGUAUCGCUGAACUGGCAGGAAACGCAACUGCACGGUUAUUCUCGUUUCUAUUUCAAUUUUGAUGACAAUGAGGUCGCUGCGGUUCUAGCUUUUCAGUCACAAACUAAUUGCUUAUGCAAUCAGUCUGCUUUUGUCUUGCUCUAUUCUUCCGACUUUAGAAGUUCUAUGCACGCAGUGCGAUGUGUAAAUCGAGAAGGCACUGAAAGCUACGAGUGGACUCACAUCAAAUCUAACAUUAAAGAAACGUCACAUUCUGCAGGCAAGUUUACAGCUUCUUCCUAUUCAGGUAAAAUCGUUCUUUAUAAUCCGGUCAAACAAACGUUGUGGACUUUUGAAAACGAGGCAUGGAAAUAUAUAACUGCAGUUCGAUAUCCUCUGCCAUUAAUUGGCGACGAGUCAUUACCACAAACAUUCCAUAGUGCUGUUACAACGAAAAACAGCAAUUUUAUCGUAUUCAACAUUUUUACUAAAAAAGUACUAAAUUUCAAUCUGAAAAGUAAUGAAUGUAUUAUUGAAGAUGUUGUAGGCAACAUUCCCGGUAAAAGGUAUAAUGUACAUACGAGCUUAGUUGAAGAUCAAAAGACAAUCGUCGUCUUUACAUACGAGGCAAUAUCCGGAAUAUCACAAGUUUGGAAAUUUAUCUAUGAAGUUAAAGUGUGGAUAUGGCAAAUAUUGUCACUGCCAGACCUUCACCCUGAUGCUAUAGAACUAUCAACCUACACUUUGAAAGAGAACUAUCUCACAUUAGCCCAACCAUUUACAGAUGAACUUGAACAAUACUAUUCUGGAUGUGGCAAAGGACGGAUACGAAGUUAG